AGGAGCUUCACACCGAUGUGUCGAGGACUUUAAACACACUGUAGCCUGCACAAACAGUGUGUCAUACAGUGGUGGAAGGAGAGAGACCGUGCUGUACUGGAUCUAAUCCUGCAACACUCCUGAUACAAUGUGUCCGAUUAUUUACUUUCUGCCACAAUGUGUCUGAAUAUUUACUUUCCGCGCGCGCUGCUCUGACCGCGGUGUGUUUACAUGGAGACCGCGUAUCUGCACCUUCAAAAACAGUCAACCGGGAAAUGGUAACACAUGAACCUCCUCACUGGAAGGAACAUGGUUGAGAUGAGCAGUAAAUUUCUGUUCAUCGUGGUCGGCUCGGUUCUGUUCAUGCUGAUUUUGUAUCAGUACGUGGCUCCGGGGAUGAUGAACUUCGGCUCUCCGCACGGGUACUUGCUGGAAGACGAUGCUGAUCUCUUCCCGACUCCUGAUCCACAUUACGUGAAGAAAUACUAUUUCCCCAUCCGAGAUCUGGAGCGGACGGUGGAUUUUGAAAUCAAAGGGGAAGAUGUGAUCGUGUUCCUCCACAUCCAGAAGACCGGUGGAACCACAUUCGGCAGGCAUCUGGUCCAGAAUGUGAGGCUGGAAGUUCCGUGCGAUUGCAGACCGGGACAGAAGAAGUGUACCUGUUACCGACCCAAUAGAAAAGAGACCUGGCUCUUCUCGCGGUUCUCCACCGGUUGGAGUUGUGGCUUACACGCGGACUGGACCGAGCUGACCAACUGCGUUCCGGGGGUUUUGAACAAAAGGGAGAACAGGAUGAAAAACCAAAGGAAGUUCUACUACAUCACUCUGUUACGGGACCCUGUGUCUCGCUACCUAAGCGAAUGGAGGCAUGUCCAGCGUGGGGCCACAUGGAAAACCUCCCUGCACAUGUGUGACGGGCGAACACCCACACCUGAGGAGCUGCCACCCUGCUACGAGGGGAACGAUUGGUCGGGCUGCACACUACAGCAGUUCAUGGACUGUCCGUACAAUCUGGCGAACAACCGACAGGUGCGCAUGCUAGCCGACCUCAGCCUGGUGGGCUGCUACAACAUGUCGUUUAUCCCAGAAAAGAAACGCGCCCAGAUAUUACUAGAGUCAGCGAAAAAGAACCUCCGUGACAUGGCCUUCUUCGGAUUAACCGAAUAUCAGCGCAAAACGCAGUACUUGUUCGAACGGACUUUCCGCCUCAAGUUCAUCCGGCCCUUCAUGCAGUACAACAGCACGCGGGCCGCUGGCGUCGACCUGGAUAACGAUACAGUUCAACGUAUCGAGGAGCUUAACGAUUUGGACAUGCAAUUGUAUGACUACGCCAGGGAUCUUUUUCAGCAGCGCUACAUGUACAAGCGGCAACUUGAGCGAAGAGAGCAACGUCUAAAGAACCAGCCCGCACUUUUUCCUUUUCGUCGGAUGGCCAGCACCGAUCCAAUAUCCAAGGAUGAUGCGACUGAGUCUGAGGCUUUGCGCUUGCCCACAGAGGACUACAUGAAUCACAUUAUCAACCGCUGGUAGCAGAGCUGGGGGGAGGGGAACGGGAAAUACUGGCUGAUGAGGAGAAAACAGCUUCAAUCCCCAGAUCAAGUUAAGCAGGUGACAAAAACAGAGACAUAGAAAUAGACAGGGCUUUAGCGCCACCACCUUGUCCUUAAAAACAAGUCAAAUAUGGCCCUCCCCCCUUCUGUUAUGCUCCAGGAUAUCUCUGUCUCUGCAAGGAAGGACUAGAAUUGUGGGAAACACUGGCACGGUAUUUGCCGUGAAGACUUUGUUUGCCAGAUGUCAGAAAUAGAACUGACUAACUAAAGCACUGAGCCUGAAGACUUCAAUGGGCCUAAUCACCCAAUGAAGAAAAUGAGGAAACAAAUGUAAAGAUUAUGGGAAUUAUAUUCACUGCAGAUUUUAAAAUAAUGAACAGGUUUAAAUUGUAUAGAGGUAUUUGCUUAAAUGUCUGCUGCCAUUUCAGCCAUGAAUUUGUGACUAUAGAAGUCUGUCUCUUUAUGUUUUAGUUUAUAAUGCUCUUAUUUGUUUUUAUUAUUUUUAAAGGGAUUUUCCCUUUCCUCGAAGAGGUAUUCUCACAGCACUGAGACCAACAGAGCUGCCUAACACUUAUUGGAUGCAAUUUAUUAGCUUUUCAAAAUCAGUGAUGACUUGAAAAGGUCUGUUCUGUUGCUUGUUUUGUAUUUGUGCGUCGGUCACAAAUUUCAACGCACAGACAGGACGUGGACCAUAGCCAUUAUUUAAAGCUUUCAACAUACUGGAUUAGACACCCAUUAGAUAUGUGUACUAAUAUAAUCUUACAGAAUGUGAGAGCACACCUCAAUUGGAGGUAUUUCAUUUGUCCAAUCUGACAGAUGUCUUGCCUGAUGCUCUUGGCCAUGACAAAUUCGAGGUUGACAUGGCACCAAGCCUAAGCAUCCAAUCCAGGCCAUUUCGUAGUAGCUGAGUCGUGGCUAUUGUCUUAUGCCUAAAGGGAGCAAGUGGAGACCCAAAGAGGAAACUGUGUCUUAUUUUACACUUAGUAGGGAUUAGCUUUGUGUUUCUGAGCUUCUAGGACUGGGUGAUAUACCUAAAAAAAAAAUUGUAUAUCAAUAUUUUUCAGCCUUUUGUUGAUAUUCGAUAUAUUGCCCAGCCCUAGUAUGUGUAAUAGAGAGCUCAUGAAACCAAAAAGCAAAAGGAAGGAGCAGAAGGCCGCAAAUGCAGCCUUUAUAAAUGUCAUCACCAUUCUCAAUUCUCAUAGAUGAAUCAUUAUUUUGAAUGCAAGUGGAUAAGGAAUGUCUGUAUGUGUAUAUACAAUGAAUGUUUUAAAAAACUGUUCUACAGUAAGUAUGCAAGUGUUUUUGGGUGUUACCAAACUUGUAUGAAUAAGCAAGUAUUCAUGAAUAUCUGUAUGAAUAUGUAUGUGUGUGUGUGUGUGUGUCUCAUGACCAAUCUCUUGCCAUGGUCCUCAGGGACUGAAGCCAGUAAAGGGACAAGAAAGAUGUCACAUGUCUCCCCUUAUGCAAAUCUUUGUGAACUAUGAGUUUUUUGUUGUUAAAGGAAUCGUUUGCCCAAAAAUUGUAAUUUAUUUGCCUUCAUGUCAUUCCAUUGACUGUUUUUGCUUGUGUGGAACACAAAAGGAAAUGUUUUGUAGAAUGUCUAAGCUGAUCUUUUUUCAUACAAUCAAAGUGAAUUGUGACUGGGGCUGUUGUGGUCCAAAAAUGGCAAAAAAGGCACCACCAUAAAUGUAAUCCUUAUGACUCAUGCACUAUAUUUUAAGUAAAAUUCAAAGUCUUGGAUGAGCACAUGGGAAUACAAGUUGCAUGAGUCAUGGAUUGCUGUUGUGGUGCUUUUUUUGUCAUUUUUCAGUCUCGACAGCUCCAGUCCCCAUUCACUUUCAUUAUAUGAAAAAGAGCAAAAUCUCCUUUUGUGUUCCAUGGAAGAAAGAAAGUCAUACUGUUGGAACAACUUGAUGGUUGGUAAAUAAAUGAUGACAAUAGUUUUUAUUUUUAGGUGAACUAUCCCUUUUAAGGAAUAUGUGAGGUUCAAUUCAAGUUAAGCUCAAUCAACAGCAUUUGUGGCAUAAUGUUUAUUACCUUAGAAAUUAAUUUUGACUUGUCCCACCUUUUCUUAAAAAAAGAAAAAAAAAGAAAAAGAAAAAUCUGGGUAACAGUGAGGCACUUACAAUGGAUGUGAAUGAGGCCAAUCCGUAAACAUUAAAAUACUCACUGUUUCAAAAGUAUAGCCACAAGAUGUAAACAAUAUGUGUGUUAGCAUCGCUUGCUAACCUUUUCUGUGUAAAGUCAUAGGCUAAUGCUAUUAUGUCAUAAAAUAUUGAUUAUCGAUUGGCACGUUAUUUUAUUGAUACUUUAAGGCAUCGAUUUAUUAACAUCAGCCAACAUUUAAAUUAGAAGCUUAAUUUGUGUGCCUUCAAUUCACUGCCAGUUGCAUUCCAUUAAAUGUAGUCUGACAUAAUAGCUUUGGGAGACCACAAGGGGGCGACAUAACAUUAACUGAAGCCAAUGGUGGGAUGGACAAGGGAUAGAUCACACACACAUUACAAGCUGAUGGCAGUCCAAAGUUACUUCAAGAAUUUACAAAGUGACGUUAAUGAGUUUGCAAGUUAGUGUAUGAAACUGGUGUAACUGUGCAAACUGAACGAUUAGAAAUGGCGAUGUUUAUUAUGAAAUUUCUCUGUAUGUAGCAUUGAAUAGGUCUUUCAUUUAAGCUGUCAAACCACAAAAGACAUACUUGUAACUAAAAAUACAAUGUGUAUUUGAAAGAUA